CAAUGGGCGUGUUGGCUUAGCGCCGAGAAGAAGCGACACUUCGACGUUGACUGAGGCACAAGUCCAGGGUUUUUCCCAACUAAUUGUUGCCACAUCACUUGAGAGGUAUCAAAGAGGUAAAAAUGACUGGAAGAGCAAGAGCUCGUUCAAGGGGAAGAACCCGUACCUAUGAAGUUCAGCCUACUGAAGCUCCUGGAGUGGCACCACUGGCACCUGGAGCUGCAGCCACUGUGCCUCCUGCAGAAAUUGAGCAACUUGGCCGAGGGAGACAGAAAAGGCCCACUGGGGCAGCUGUACCUGAAGGAGGAAUAAGUCAAAUUUCUGCUGGUUUUCAACAAAUGACCAUUGGGGAGAGAGGUGGAAGACGGAGAGAUUUCCAUGAUGUAGGAGUUAAUACUAGACAAGCUAUUGGACAUGUCCAGGAAUCAAAGAUGGGUGUUUCUGGUUCCCCAAUUGAACUGAGAGCAAACUAUUUUCGCAUCCUUUCUCGGCCUCAGUGGGUGUUGUAUCAGUAUCAUAUUGAUUAUAAUCCUCCAAUGGAGUCUCGCCGUCUCAGGUCUGCUCUUCUCUUAAAAAAUGAGGAUCUGCUUGGAACAACUCGGACUUUUGAUGGAAGCAUUUUGUUUCUUCCGCACAGACUACCCAAUACCGUUACAGAGUUUGUUUCUGAAACACGGGAUGGUCAGACUGUGAAAAUAACUGUAACCCUGACUAAUGAACUGCCACCAACCUCUCCUGUCUGUCUGCAGUUCUACAACAUUAUCUUCCGAAGAGUUUUGAGAAUUCUGAAUAUGCAGCAAAUUGGACGGCAUUACUACGAUCCCAAUGAUCCUAAGAACAUUCCUCAGCACAGGCUUAUGGUUUGGCCAGGAUUUUCAACUUCUAUUCUCCGAUACGAGUCCAGCAUCUUGCUUUCUUUAGAUGUGAGUCAUAAGGUCCUUCGUAGCGAAACUGUGCUAAACUUAAUGUACCAGUUAAGACAGCAGUGUGGAGAAGGGAAAUUUGAAGAUGUGUGCACCAAGGAACUGGUUGGCUUAAUUGUGCUAACUAGAUACAACAACAAAACCUACAGGAUUGAUGGGAUUGCCUGGGAUCAGACUCCAAAUAAUACUUUUUCAAAAAAUGAUACCAACAUUUCUUUUAAGAAUUAUUACAAAACGCAAUACAGUUUGGAUAUAACUGACAACAAUCAAGUGCUGCUAAUUAGCCGUGUCAAGAAAAGUGGCCCUGGUGGACGUCCAUUAGGCCCUGCUUUGCUAAUCCCAGAGUUCUGUUAUCUUACAGGUCUUACAGAUAAAAUGCGCAGUGAUUUCACUAUCAUGAAGGAUCUCUCUGCACACACAAGGUUGACUCCAGAACAGAGAGAACAGCGCUUGCUUGGGUUCAUUUCUAAUAUGCACAAAGAUUCUGCUGCCAAAGCAGAAAUGGCAAACUGGGGCUUGCAGUUUGACAGCAAACUUCUAUCAUUGAAAGGAAGAGUUCUUCCACCAGAAAAGAUCUCUCAAGGGGGGAAGAUUUAUGAAUAUAGUCCGUGGGUAGCAGACUGGACAAAGGAAAUGAGAGGUGUGCAGCUGAUGAGCACCCAACCAUUGGAAAACUGGAUGAUUCUGUUCAUUCGCCGUAACAGUGACUGUGCAUACUCUCUAGUUCAGUUUCUUGGUAAAGUAUGCAGUCCCUUGGGUAUCAGAAUACAGAAACCUAUCAUGAUCGAGGUUGAGGACCGACAUGAUUCCUUGAUGAGAGCGUUGCAGCAGAAUGUUACUUCAAACACCCAAAUGGUGGUUUGCAUUCUUCCCAGCAAUCGUAAGGAUAAGUAUGAUGCAGUUAAGAAGUUUCUUUGUGUGGACCGUCCAACACCAAGUCAGUGUGUAGUAGCACGGACUUUGAGUAAGCCGCAAGCAAUGAUGACAGUCGCAACAAAAAUUGCCCUGCAGAUGAAUUGUAAAAUGGGUGGAGAAUUGUGGAGUGUUGAAAUACCGCUGAAACAGCUUAUGAUUGUUGGCAUUGACUGCUACCAUGAUACCUCUGCUGGACGAAGAUCAAUUGCUGGAUUGGUGGCAAGUCUGAAUCAAGGCAUGACAAGAUGGUUUUCCAAAUGUACAAUACAAAGACCAGGACAGGAAAUUGUGGAUGGGUUGAAAUAUUCGCUACAGGUUGCUUUGAAAGCCUGGUAUCGGCACAACAGUUGUUUACCUUCACGUAUAAUUGUCUAUCGAGAUGGAGUUGGAGAUGGACAGCUUCAAGGUGUUGUCAGUUAUGAAGUGCCUCAGUUUCUUGAUUGCAUAAAAACACUUGGAGAGGAUUACAAUCCCAAACUCUCGGUGGUUGUUGUAAAGAAGCGUAUUGGUGCAAGAUUUUUUGCAAAAAUUGAUGGAAAACUGAGUAAUCCACCUCCAGGAACAGUGGUUGAUAAUGAAGUGACAAGACCAGAAUGGUAUGACUUCUAUGUGAUCAGCCAGGCAGUCCGCAUUGGCAGUGUGUCUCCUACUCACUACAAUGUUGUGUACGACACUAGUGGUUUGAAGCCUGAUUACAUGCAGCGCCUCACACACAAGCUCUGCCAUAUGUACUACAAUUGGUCGGGAAUCAUCGCAGUGCCAGCACCUUGCCAGUAUGCACAUAAACUCGCCUUCCUGAUUGGGCAAAGCAUCCACCGAGAGCCCAGUCCCAAUAUGGAUGAAUUGCUUUAUUAUUUAUAAAAUAUCAGGUCACAUUCUGAGGUUGUCUGCUUUGUGCUAAUGGAGAGGUUGGUUUGUUACGUGUUAAAUUAUUUUUGAGUUAAGUAAAUUUAAAGAAAGUUUGGGGGAAAAUUUUGAAUUAAGAUGCUGUCAUUGUUUAGUUUUGUAUUUUCUUUAAAGUUCAAAUUAAAACACAUUUCAGUUGAAGCUUGAUCGUGAAUUUUCUUCUUUUUAGCAAGUUAAUAAAUAUUGAGUUUAAAGAUGAUGAUGCAUGGGCAUGUUGUCUGCUUUGUGCCUGUGUAGAUGUAGAUCUGUGUUUAUAAUUAUUUUUGAGUUAAGCAGAUUUAAAGAAAUUUUGGAGGAAGACAAAAAUGGAAG